AUGUCUUUGUUUCAUUUAAUAUUUAUCAUCUUGGCCCUCUUGUCAUUGAGCUUUGGUUCUGCUUCUUGGUGCCCACAUAACUAUGCUCAACAAAAGAAUAGAAAAUUUGAGCAGAAAACUGAUCGUUUCUGGGAGUUCCAAGAACAAUCCAAUACCUGGGUUGAAGUGGAACUGCCAUAUGACCUUGUCUCAUGUGUUAAUGACAACUGUACUAAAGUGGGUUCAAUUCAUCCAGUAAAAAGAGAUGCAGAAGAGCACUUAGAAAGAGAAAAUUAUGUUACCAAGAAAGCUGAGAGUUUGAAAAGAAAGGAUGGAGAUGGACGAAUAGAAGAGAAUUCUGAGAUUGCUCUGCCUUUGAGGAAGAGAAUUUCUUUGACUAAAAUGUCCGAGUCAUCCAUUUGGGUCACUGGUGAAAGUGGGUCUAUCUAUGAGAGGUUCUGGAAUGGAGUCCAGUGGGUGAUAGCACCCCAUGAUCUGCCAAUAUUGACUGGUCAUGCAAUCUGUAUCUUUUUUGUCAAUCAAACAAUUCUUGCUUUAUCAGAAGCAGGAAUCCUAUAUCAGAUGCUACUUAGUGAGAGCUCACAGCCAAUUUGGGUACAGUUCAAGCCUACUGUCGAUGAAAGCAUAAAUAAAGAAGCAGAACAAAGUUCAUUGAUCCUAAUAAAGUCCGGUGUCAUUUCGCAUGAUGGGGUGAAAAUUUAUUUCUGCACAAAGAAUGGUUCAUUAUUAGAACUUAGUGAGGCAGAGCCUCCGAGAUGGGAAAAUCAUGGGCGACCACCUGGUGCAGAUGUUGCGGCAAUUGCUGAUGCCGCUACUAUUAGACCAGAAGUAGUAUAUACCAUAAGUUCUACAGGUGAUCUUUAUGAAUAUGAUAGGAGCUCAAAGCCAUCUUGGAAAAAGCAUAUAUGGAAAGAAGGAACAGUGGAAGAUGCUUCUCUGAUGCCAUCAAUGGGAUGCACACUACAUGGCUUGAGUGGAGACUAUUCCGUAUCUCUUUUUCUUAUAACCAAGGGUGGUAAAUUGGUAGAGAGACGAUUAAACCAAAGGAAGUGGAAAUGGAUAGUCCAUGGAAGUCCCAAAGAUUAUCGGUUGACAUCUAUCACACCAAUUCUACAAGAUGAAACAAGAGAAAAAUUCUUGUCAUUAUUUUUCACCUCAUCCUCUGGAUCGGUUUUUGAGUAUCGAAUAUCAAAACAGUCAGGCACUGAUCAGGAAGACCAAAUUCUUGAAACAUGGUUGAGUCAUAAGCAUCCUCCGCAUGCAAAAGUUGCAAGUGGAAUUUCUGGGCUACAACUUCAAGUUGGCAGAAUGGUUUUCCCAUUGCAUGACGGUAGACUUGCAGAAUUGCAUUUGCCUGGACUAGGCGGAGAAAAUACAGGGCCGAAUCAUCAAGUAAAUUUCCGAAAAAAAGCAUCUGUUAAAUAUGCAUGGACAAUGUUAGAUGCCCCAGAGACUGAAGGGUGGAAUGCAGAGUAUUGCAGAGAAGAACGUGGACCCAUGAACUGCCUUGCAGGCAUUAAAGAUGAGCCAAAUGAUCAGGGAACUACAAGAUCAACGGCAAGAAGGCGAAAGGGAAGUCAAGCGCAACAAGAUUACCUAUUCGCAGGAGCUAAUGGAUCGAAGAAAGUUUCCAAAGAAUACAGUUUCCCAGAUAAUUGGAUCAACACUAACUUCCGUAUGCGAAUGAUGCAUGGAGGAAAAUCAUUUUUCCUUAUUACUGAUGGUGGUUUGACUUUUGAGUAUCUUUAUGCUGAAAAUUUAUGGCUUUGGCUAAGGCAUGACCACCCAACACCAAUGAAAGGUACCCUUGGAAACUACAAUGGAAGCCUGUUUUUGGUAGACAUAUAUGGGAGUCUGCUUAUGAGAGAAAGGAGCGGUGAGGAGUUAGCAUGGGUAAAUUGCACUGCCAUGAGGAAUCUUGGGCAUGUUAUUGGAGGCCCUCCAUGGGAUGGAAUUCCAGGUAAAGCUCUGAAAGUUACAGCAGAAGAUGCAAUCUUCUUCGUGAGCAAAAGUGGAAGACUGCUGCAGUUCACAGUUGCCCUCAGGAAAUUCAAAUGGAAAGAUUGUCGAAACCCUCCAAAUACCAAAGUUGCAAGUAUCGUUGAUCAGGAGCUGUUCCGGGACAACAUAGUGUUUGUCAUUGGAAGGAAUGGGAGGCUAUACCAGUAUAACAAAGUGACUGAAUUGUGGCAUGAGCAUUAUCAGUCUCAACAUUUGAUUCUAUCAAGAUUGCCAGGAACUGUUAUGAGGCCAUCAUCACUAUCACUUGCAGGCUCACUAUUUAUGCUUUCAGAAGAUGGUGGACUAGUUGAAUAUCAUUGGAAUACUGGUGAUGGCUGGAAUUGGAUUGAACAUGGAACCCCUAAUAAAGGUGUAACCUUGAUCACUUCCCCUAGCCCAUGUUUUGAAGGUAAUCAACUUUUUCUUGUUGGUUCAGAUGAAAAAGUAUAUGUUAGGUAUAUGGACAAAAUGACAUGGAGAUGGAAAAACUGUGGCCUCCCACAUGUGGGAAAACUAAAGAAUGAAGAUCGAGCACAAGAGGGUGGGAACGACAAUAAUGAAGAAGUUUGCAUAGAUGAAAAUUUUGCAGCUAGUUUGGAGAAUGUUGCAGAAAAGUAUAGUGAUUUUGAUAGAAACUGUGACCCCAAGGUGGCACCAACAAGGCCAAUCCCAUUUUCUGAUGAUUCACUUAUCUUCGAGCUCAAGGAUGGAAGAUUGGCAGAGAUGCGAAGAGUGGAGGGCACACAUUGGGUAUGGUCACAAACUAUUGGCACUCCAACAACCUUAUGCAUGGCCAAUUAUUGGACUGCUGUGGCUUCAUGA